UUCAAUACUGACAUUACAGAAAACCAUAAAGUACAGUUGUACCGCUUUAAGAAAUGUUAUGACGUCAUAAGUCUGCGACCAAACUCGAAGAGGUUAACCGGCUUUUCUGUACCUGCUGUUGUACCCACGUUAAAUUAUAGCGGAGUGGAUAAAAAUAGUUUAUAGAUAAAACAACAGUAAUAAUAUUAUUUUCUAAGAUAUUUGUCUUUCAUUAGUAAAUAGUCUACAGGUAGUAAAGCUGAGCGAUGCAGCGGCUGUUUUGUUCGCGGUGGUUUAUUUCCGGAGUGUCCUUGGCAGCAGGCGCUGGUGUCGCUGUGGCUCUGAGCGGCGCUUCAUCCCGCCUUCAUCCUGAAGAUGGCGUCCUCCAGAGAAUCCCCGUCAUCCCGAUACCGAGCGUGAACGCGGCGUCUGAAAUCAUCCCGUAUCAGCACGGGCAGGUAACCCCGAGCAAAUCCACGGCGGCGGUGAAGUACGGCCUCCCGUCCGUGUCUCACAUCCGCUCGCGGGAGUCUUAUAUCGCCUGUUACGAUACGCGGAACCGGAUUCCAGCCUGGGUGAUCGAGCAGCUCAGCGCGGACACUCUUAACGGGACCUCCGACCGGAAGCUGUGCGACUUUAAAGAGGAUGAUUCAGUGCACGUGCACCACCGAGCCACGAACAGCGACUACAGGGGCAGCGGCUUCGACAGGGGGCAUCUGGCCGCCGCUGCCAACCAUAAAUGGAGCCAGAAAGCCAUGGAGGACACUUUCUACCUCAGCAACGUGGCACCGCAGAAUCCUCACUUAAACCAAAACGCAUGGAACAAUUUGGAGAAGUACUGCCGCUCUUUGACUAAACACUACGAGAACGUGUAUGUGUGCUCGGGGCCGCUUUAUCUGCCCAGGCAGGAACCUGAUGGAAAGAUGUACGUGAAGUAUCAGGUGAUCGGGAAGAACCAUGUGGCAGUUCCCACACACUUCUUCAAGGUUGUGAUUCUAGAGAAGAGGCGUGGCGAGGUGGAGCUGCGACCCUACGUCAUGCCUAACACGCCUGUGGACGAAAAGAUCCCGCUCGAGCGCUUCCUGGUGCCCAUCGAGAGCAUCGAGAGAGCAUCGGGGCUGCUUUUCGUCCCGAAUAUCCUAAAGAGGAACAACAGCCUGCAGGCAAUUACCGCCAGGAUGUGAUCAUCUCUUCACACACACAUGUACACACCAUAAAGAAUUUAUGGUCUAAAAUAAAUAUAAGGUGCAUUACACAGCAGUUAGUUCCAGCUGAGUAAUCUGAUGGGAACAGAGGCAUUCCAUGGGUAGUGAUGAUAGACAGUAAGAGCAUGGGGAUGCUUAUCCAUACUGUAUGUGUAUAUAUCACUCAUAUAUGUAUUAGUACAGAUGUACUAAUAAUUGUUAAACAUAUCUGUUGUUUAAUUUACACCAAGGUUAAAACCCAAAUCCCUCCGCAACCCCAAAUCAAGGGCACUAUUUGGUGUGUGGAACAAGUGAUUGUACACCCAAUAUAUAGCGAAAUAAAUGGAAAUAUAAAGAGAAACUUUACAGGAUGACCUCGAUGGCUAUGUAGUUCACAACCCAUAUGAUGGCAUAAGGGUUUAAACCUACAUUAUCCUGUUAAUUACACUGGAUAAACAAACAAAUCAUAAUCUGUUCAUAUGAAAUAUGUUGUAUAAAAUCACCCUUGUGCUGAUAUCCAUCACAACAGCACUCCCUCUUGUGUGAUAUUGCUUAAUUUUAUAGCACUGUAUUGUUUAGGAACAAUUUAUGAACAUUCACUGGUUAAGGUCCAGCUGCUACCGACAGGCUACUGAAAGCUCUUAAGCAGCGAUCAGGGUAAUAUUUCAGCUACUGUACUAUGCUGUAUGACAUUUUUAAGCAUGCACAUAAAUAAAUAUAUUACUAU